CACCGUUUAUCCUUUUCAUCAUCCCUCAAUGCUUAUCCUAUUUCCUUUGAUAGGAUCCAAAUCCGAAUCCUCUACUCCUUGCAAGGCGCGGAGCACUUUUUUCGUUUUGCGCAAGGCCACCAAACCUCGCUACGAAUCACCAACGGCCGAACCGAGUCCGUCCUGCCCCGAAGCUCUCGGACCCUGAUAUUCCCCCAUCAUUCUCCGCUAGCAAAGUAUGCCCGGCCGGAACCACAAUUAUACUGUCGGCUGGAUCUGUGCUAUAACGACGGAGCUGGUCGCUGCGCAAGCCUUCCUUGACGAAAAGCACGAAGGGCCAGAUGACGUGUCGCCGAAUGACGACAACAUCUACACGCUGGGUAGGAUUGGGAAACAUAGUGUCGUUAUUGCCGUCUUGCCAGACGGCGAGUACGGCAUAGCGUCGGCAACAAGCGUCGCGAGAGACAUGCUGCAUAGCUUUCCCAAUAUCAGGCUCGGUUUGAUGGUCGGCAUCGGUGGCGGUGCUCCAAGCAAAAAGCAUGACAUCCGUCUUGGCGACAUUGUAGUUAGCGAUCCUGGCAAUGGAAACAGUGGUGUGUUUCAGUAUGACUUCGGCAAGACAAUACAAUGUCAGAGUUUCCAAACAACAGGGUUCUUGAACAAGCCCCCAAGAGUCCUACUGGCAGCAGUGAGUACGCUUAAGGCGAAAUAUGAGUCAGACGGCAAUGAGAUUGAAAGUACCAUCAAUAGACUUCUCGAGAAGAAGCGAAGACUUCGGAAUAAGUACAGACGGCCAGAUCCAAGCACCGACAGGUUGUAUCAAAGCGGAGUUGUUCAUCCUCUAGAUGACGGAGCGAGCUGUAUGGCAACCUGUGGCGAUGAUACGUCAACUUUGGUAUCACGACCUGAACGGACUGAAGAGGAGGAUAAUCCCGCAAUUCAUUACGGCUUAAUUGCUUCAGCGAACCAGUUGAUGAAAGACGCAUUAGUUAGAGAUAAACUCGCAACGGAAAAAAACGUUCUGUGUUUUGAAAUGGAGGCAGCAGGCUUAAUGAACAGCUUCCCGUGCCUUGUGAUCCGCGGUAUCUGCGACUACUCCGACUCGCAUAAAAAUAAGGAGUGGCAAGGGUAUGCAGCAAUGGCGGCGGCAGCGUAUGCGAAGGAUCUCCUCUGUAAAGUCCCACGAAGCAAAGUGGAGGCUGAGAAGAAAAUAGGCGAGGUUCUAUCUGGCCUCCAGGAAGUUGUGGAAGAUCACCGAGACAUUGCACGGAAGCAACUUAAAAUGCAGGAAGACGAAGUCAAGCAGAGGCUGUCUGACAAGCAAAAAGAGUGUGUUCAGUCGUUCCGUCUCACCGAGAGCACUAAGAAUGUCACAUAUGAGUGGUACAAAGACCGCGUGGAAGACCGAGUAGAAGGCACAUGCAUGUGGUUCCUUAAACACGGCUAUUUCCAAGAAUGGUUAAAACGGAAAUCAGGCCCACUGCUGGUCUCAGCAGACCCUGGAUGUGGAAAAUCUGUCUUGGCCAAGUACCUAAUUGACCAUGCGUUACCACAAUCAGCGACCAUUUGCUACUUCUUUUUCAAAGACCAAGAUCAGAACACGGUCCGCCAAGCACUUUGUGCUCUGCUCCAUCAACUCUUCUCCCAGAAGCCGUCCUUGAUCCAGCAUGCCAUGAAGCAAUUCGAAGAAGAUAAGCUAGGCCUAACCAACUCAACAAGGUCGCUUUGGGCUGUCCUAGGAGAUGCCGUGCACGAUCCUCAGGCUGGGUCUGUUAUCAUAGUCCUGGAUGCUCUGGAUGAAUGCGCCGAAUCAGAGUUUGGGGACCUAAUGCGGAACAUAGAAAGCCAGCUCUGCAGCAACCAGUCCGGCCAUGGCAAGCUAAAGUAUCUUCUAACGAGCCGCCCGUAUGAGCAGAUCGUGUCGAAGUUCCGGUGCCUUUUAGACAAUUUUCCGCGUAUUCAUAUACCAGGGGAGGAAGAGUCGGAAACUAUUAGUCGAGAAGUAAAUCGCGUCAUCCAAUACAGAGUGGACUGGUUAGCCAAGGAGAAAGAGCUCUCAAGCAAUGUCAAGGAUCACCUGGCGGACCAAUUGCUCAAGCUUACACACCGUACAUACCUCUGGGUAUAUCUUGUGUUCGAAUACUUAAAGGAAGGCUUCAAAAAGACGCCAAAAGGAGUUGAGUUCGCUAUUCAAACGCUACCCAGGAACGUCAAUCAAGCAUAUGAGCGAAUUCUGAAUAAGUCUAAGGAAGACUUGAUGGUUCGGAAGGUCUUAGCGAUUAUUUUGGCAGCGGGCCGGCCAUUAACUCUCUCCGAAAUGAACGUUGCCGUAAAUAUAGACGACUCGUCACAGACUGUUCACGACAUGGACCUAGAAGAAGAAGAAGAAGACUUCAAGUCACGCCUGAGAUCUUGGUGUGGACUGUUCGUUUCAAUACAUCACGGCAAGAUCUACUUCCUUCAUCAAACUGCUCGAGAGUUUCUCCUCGCCAAUCUGCCAUCGUCUACCACGAUUUCCACGGAGCUACGAGGGCAUCACUCUAUCACUAUCCAUCAGGCACAUAACGUUCUUGCGGAGCUCUGCAUUUCACCCCGGAGGCCAGUCACCAAGUCGAUAUCCACACGUUACUGGAAUAUUCGGCCACAUUUUGGGCUUUUCACUUCCGCGAGGCCUGUAUCAGCAACGAUGGUGCUGCUAUAG